CACAAACUACGCUUAUUACUUAUAAUCCAAACACAAAUCGAAAUCAAAUAAUCUCCCAAUCUCUCUCUCUCUCUCUUCCCCAAGAAAAAUAAUGGGUGCUUGCUUAAGCUUCUCAAUCUCAUCCUCCGAAUCAGUUCAUUAUUACGAAGACACCAACAAAGCCAACAUCAUCUCCAUCAAUGGGGAUUUACGCCAAUACCCAACUCCAGUUAUAGUCGCCCAUGUCCUUGAUGCUGAAGCCUCUUCUUCAUCUUCAUCUUCUUCUGAUCUCUUCAUCUGUAACUCGGACGCUCUAUACUUCGACCAGCAAAUUCCAGCGAUGGAAUUGCAAGAACACCUUCACCCAAACCAAAUCUAUUUCGUUCUCCACAAAUCAAGAACAGAACAACCACUCUCUGCCUCUGAUAUGGCCACACUCGCUCUUAAAGCCACUCAAGCAUUAGAUCUUAAUAAAAAUUCAUCAUCAUCUUCAUCCUCCACCAAGCGCCACCGCCGCCGCCACCGCCGACGUAAGUAUUCUCGCAUUACGCAUCAUGACGGUACUACUACUACUUCAUCAGAUGAUGAAAUUAGCAAGGAAACGACGGAGACCGCGAUCCAGUUCGAUCAGGACUAUUACUUGACCAUAGCACCUUCGAAGAAGAAGAUGAUGACGAAAGAACCGUUGGGGAUAUCCAGAACGGGAUCCGUUAGAAGGUUGCAGAGAUUGACUUCUAAAAGAGCCAAGAUGGCUGUUCGUUCUUUUCGGCUCAAACUCACAACCAUCUAUGAAGGUGGGUUUUAGGCAAAGCCUAGUCCGCCGAUGUCGGCUGCAUAUCAUCCAUCAUCAUCAUCAAGCUUCAACCUUCAAGCUUCGUACGUACGUUAUGGUCUUAAUUUCUUCCAUUUUUAUGUGUUAAUUAUUCUUUUAUUAAUUAAUUGUAAUUAAGCUUUUGUAAGCAAAAGAUCGAUACAGAUUGCGUGGUAUAUAUAUAUAUACAUAUGGUUUAUUUGAAUUUUGAUAGUAGUAGUGUAGGUAUUGAUUAUUAUUUACUUCUACUACUAAUUAAUGAUCAUGUAUAAUUACUCAGUUUUGUCUUAAUUAAUAUUAAUUAUCUUAUUACGAA